AUGUGUUUUGUUUGUAAUUCUCCUCAGGAGCGGUUUGAGGCUCUGUUCAGGAUCUAUGAUGAUCAGACGUCCUUCCAGAUGUUCAAGAGUUUCAGAAGAGUUCGGAUCAGCUUUAGCACUCCAGAGGCUGCUGCACGCGCACGCAUCGAGCUCCAUGAAUCCGAUUUCAACGGCACGAAACUAAAACUGUACUUCGCACAGGUGCAGAAUUCAAGGGACGACAUGGAAAAGACAUACCUUGCCCCACCUCAACCUGUCAAGCAGUUCCUCAUCUCUCCACCUGCGUCCCCACCUGUGGGAUGGAGCCAGAGUGAAGAUGCCACACCUUUGAUCAACUACGACCUGCUGUGUGCUGUGGCCAAAUUGGGACCAGGUGAGAAGUAUGAGCUGCAUGCGGGUACAGAGUCCACUCCUAGUGUGGUGGUCCACGUGUGUGAGAGCGAUACUGAGGAAGAGGAAGAAGCCCGCCCAAAAGCCAAGAUUGUCCAGACCGGACGCCCCGACGGUCCCCCAAAAGUCUACAACUAAAACCUUUGGCACACUUCACACGUUUUUCUCUCUCUCUGUGUCUCUUUCUCUCAUCCAGGGAAAGGCACACUUUAUUUCAAUAACAAAAAAAGCUAAACUAAGAAUGGGAUGGAUGUGGAGGGGUGCUCCGUGCACAGGUGACGUGUGGUGUUCUGAACUGGACUCGUGAACUGAACACACUGUCUCACUGCUGCUCACGGGACAGCCAGGGGGCGAUGAGCUUGCGACCCCCGUCUCACAAUCAUAGCGCUUUCAUUCCCUCAUUUAGAGUCUUUGUACUGUAGCAUUGAAAAGCAGUAAUUGUAUUUAACAGUCGUAGAAGUAGGUUACAUGUAAACUUUGUUACUGUUUGUCACUUUGAUUGAUCAUCAAAGAAAAUAACGCUUUAAAAAAGGAAGCCGACCCAUUCUGCUUUCUCCGUGUCUCUCUCGACAGCCGUGUCCGCAUUCAUCUCCAUAUCGGUCAGGUUGGCACUCCUGCAGAGGUGGCGCGGCUCGCUGGGAUUGUGACCCGUGUGCGUAUUUAUGCCUGUUCAUACCAUGCUAGAAUGAGAUGACAAGUUGUUAAAUGGAAAUGGUAAGAACAGUUAUGAUGAGAGGGUGUUUACUAAGUUAGAUGUGUAUUAUUCUUACUGUGUAUUUGAUACCACACAUUUUUGCAUGCUGACUGGCGUAUUUUAUACUCUAUGUUAAAGCAACUUUAAGCAUAUCUGAUCGCUGUCUUUCAGAGUGAUUGGCCUUGGAAUGCGAAGAAACAGUUGUCAGGUGUAAAGUUCGAUAUUUUGUAUUUGUAUAGCGCAUCAUUCACUUGCAGGACAGAUAAACAAUUAGGAAAAAGCACAUGGUUUGGGUCUUAGUUUUACACCAUCUCUGUUUUGGCAUGAUUCUGUAUCACUUGACAGUGUUUGGUGUUUUUCAUAUCUUCAUUGAUUUAUUGAAUAUACAUUGACAUGCUCAAGUUUCGAAAUGAAAAUCAAUGUGCCGAAUGACCCAGAACUGAGUACUGAUAAUGAUACUGUCAUAUUGUUAAGUUGUGCAUUUUGCAAUGACAGAUCAAAUCAUAUAAAGGGAUAGUCCACCGAAAAAUGAAAAUUCUGUCAUAAUUUACUCCAAACCUGUAUGACUUUCUUUCUUCUGUGGAACUAUCCCAGUUCUUUUGUGUCUCAUAAUUGUUUUUCCAGUUUAUAAACCUCCACUGUGUUAAUUCAUACCAAAAAGGUAAAAAUAGAUGAAAUGUCAUUUUAAGAUAUUUGUUUUAGUAAUAAUGUACAGUCAGUGAAGUAGAAUGUCACGAUUGACCAAUCAGAUUGAGGAUUGCAGAGAGGCUUAUAAAGAUGGCGGUUAAAUUAGCCUUAUAAAAAAAGUCACAUUUUAGUCAAAAAAUAAUUUAAAAAAAAAAAGGAAAGAAAAUUCAGUUAAACAUUGAGUGAUAUUCAGUCAUAUUUUGAAAUGCAAUGAAAAAGAAAUAAUGCAAACAAAUAACUGUGAAAUUCAUGUGACUUUAUAAAUUGCCUUGCUCCCUUACAUACAUGUGAGAAAAAGAUUUCAAGUGUUUUGUUUAAAAGCCAAUCCUUUAGUGAUGAAGGACUCAUUUAGCAAAUAACUUAAUAUAGAAAUAAAUAAUUUAACUUUUUUUUAUUUUGUACUUCUGCAUGCUGUGACUUUUCCAUAGAUGCAGUCUAUCCCGUUUGUAUCUCACUCUGAAUGCAGCCCUUUUCUCCUGCCUUUUUCAUCCUGUUGUGUUUCAGUCAAUACAGAGGUGAGAAACAUGGUGAACAAAGCUAUUUGAGUUCUUGAUAACCAGCAUGAACAAAUGUUUUGGACUCUUUGAGUUUUGUGUGUGUUAACCUUUAAGACAAAAGGAAGAAGUUAAGUAUAUGAACACAAGAAGCAAAUUUGUACCGAGUUGUAAGAUAAGCCUACCAUUGGCAGCAUAAUGUAUUGAUAUUUUUUACUGUCUUUAAGGCUGUUGUUGCAGUUGCUCCGUAUCAGUAAAAUUACCUUGUUCUUUCUUUUCUUUUUAUAAGGAAGCCUACAGAUAGUCAGUUCUAUCACCGUUGCUGUUCUGUUUGGAUCUAGAUAUUGUCUAGUACUUUAAGUGUAGUUCAUAACCCGUGAACACGAAGCAAUAAUUUACAGUUAUAUGUCUGUGUAUGGUAUACAUUUUUUUUAUUUUAUUUUAUUUUUUUGCAGAGCUCUUCUCUGACUCUUAGCUUGCUUUUGUUUGUGUA